AUGGGAGAUGGUUUGAGGAGACCAUUUGCUGCCGAUGAUGAAUUCAGAUUUCUCAGCAGCCGUUUCAGACGCAUUGGACGAGAUUUGAGUUUGACGUGUGCCAAAAUGGAGAAGCUAACUGAACUGGCCAAACGGCGCUCUUUGUUUGAUGAUCGUAUGUUGGAAGUGGAGGAACUGUCACAAGUGAUAAAACAGGAUAUAACGGGGCUGAAUAGGCAGAUAGCAACGCUGCAAGAAUAUUCGAAAAAGAAUGGUGAUUUAAACAAGAGGGAUCAAGGCCACGGGCAUUCCCAGUUGGUUGUUGUUGGGCUUCAGUCGAAGUUGGCUGGUGUGAGCAAGGAUUUCCAAAGCGUUCUGGAGCUUCGCACUGAGAAUUUGAAGCAACAAAAGUCGCGUCGUGAAAAAUUUAGUCAGUGUCAGCCGGUGCCGUCAAGUCUACCCCCAUCUGUCAGUUCUGGAAGUUUGGGCUCAUUCUUGCGGCAGGACGAAAUGAAUGCAUCGUCGUCCGUGGCAGUUGACAUAAAUACACUGGAGCAGCAAAGGCUUCAGCAGCAGGUCUCUCUGAUUAAUGAGCAGGAUUCGUACCUGCAGGCGCGCUCAAGCACAAUGGAAAACAUCGAAAGCAGUAUAUCUGAAUUGGGACAGAUUUUUCGUCAGCUGGCGUCGUUAAUCACAGAGCAAGGCGAAAUGAUCACACGAAUCGACUCGAAUGUUGACGAAACUUCAUUGAAUGUGGAAGCAGCUCACACGGAGCUCGUCAAAUAUUUCCAUUCGAUAUCCCAGAAUCGCUGGUUGAUUAUCAAGGUUUUCGGUGUACUCAUUUUCUUCUUCAUUAUAUUUAUCAUUUUCCUUACGUAA